UAGUUUAAUCCAUGUCUUCAGAUGUGAUAUGGUAAGUGUGGGUGAGAAACAGGUAAAUAUUUAAGUCCUUUUUUAAAAAUAUAUAUAUAUUUUUUUACUAUAAAUCUCCACAUUCAUGUUCUUUUGUAUUUAGGGAUUCACAUUCUUCGUGCAUAUCAUCACCUUCUGGUCAGGGCUGGUUAAAGGUGGAGAUUUAUAGUAAUAAAGCAGGGUUCCCACGCGCCCUGGAAAACCUGAAAAACCUGGAAUUUUGCAAUGCAGUUUUCCAGUCAUGGAAAAGUAAUGGAAAAUGAAAUAAUUUCCUAAAUGUCCUGGAAAAUAAUUAUUUGUCCUGGAAAAUAUUUUAGUAUAAUAAAACUGGUUUACUGUGUCGCUAACAAUGUUUUUGUGACAUGUACAAAAACAUGGUAAUGAUUGGGAUUCAGGAUAGGUGUCAAAUGCACAAAUUUGCAUUGCUUUGUCACUGCUGGCGACUGCGCAUUGUGAAGCAACGUCAGCGGUUGAUUGUCCUGUCAGGUACAUUCUCUGCCCAUCUGCUGUCUUCUCUGCUUUGCUCUGACAAAAUAGUUUAAAUAUUGAUAAAGUGCAAAAUAUGAUUUUUUUUGUUCCAACAUUGCUGUUGUGUUAAUGACAAAAACAUCUUGUUGUACAUUUUAGACAAUGAAGGUCGUAAUGCUGAUUUAAAAAAAAAAAAAAUGAAUUCACACCCCGAGGUGGUAGCAUGGAGGGUGAUGCAGCCUUUACACAUGUGAAUUCAUUUUUAAUAAUUUAACAAUCGGACACUGUUUAUACCGCAGUUACCACAUUUCCGCAAUGUCGAAAACCUGGACAGAAUCACUUAAUCCAGUAAAAAUUAGCAUUAGCUCUAAAUUGUGGUAUCUCAUGAAAUUUGACAUAAUUAGGAUGAAAAUGAAUGUUCGAAUGCAUAUUUAAUCAAAUAAAAAUCAUGAUAUGUCCUAGUGUGAUUAUUAAAGCGCAAAAGGGUAAGAUUUGAUUAAAUAAAUAAUCUGCAUGUGCUGCGUGCUUCAAAAUGAAUGUUUGAAGCCGGCAGCUCAAACACUGACAACACAGAGUCAUGAGCAUCACGUGCACUGUGUGUGUGGUAAAUGCAGGGCUUUACUGUGCGACGGUUUUGCUCGCAUUUGCGAUUUAAUAAAAAAUAUAACGAGCAAAUAGAAAUCUUAACCCAUUUGCACAUGUGCAACAAGUUUUAGCCAUUGGAAAUUCCACAAAUGACGGCUAUUAACAGCAUUGCAACAAAGAAAAUUUAAAAUAAGUCUGAUGUCGACUAUGCUAUUGCGAAAUCUCAAAAGCUCGAACUGCAGCACAUGACCUUGGACAAGUUUUCAGGGUCAAGAGAAUGUUUCCUCUGUGCCACAAUAACCACAAGAUACAUCAUGACCUCUCGUGUGAUUUUGCUUAAAUAUAUCACCUGAUGGGUACAUCAAAUGUCCUGGAAAAUUGUGCCGUGAAAAGAAUGGGAACCCUGUAAAGGACUUUAUUAAACUGUUUCUCACCCACAUUUAUCAUAACACUUUUGAAGACAUCGAUUUAACCACUGGAGUCGUAUGGGUUACUUUUAUGCUGCCUUUAUGUGCUUUUUGGAGCUUAAAAGGUUUGGUACCCAUUCACUUGCAUUAUAUGGACCUACAGAGCUAAGAUAUUCUUCUAAAAAUCUUUGUGUUCAGCAGAAGAAAGUCAUACACAUAUUGGAUGGUAUGAGGGCAUCAGAUAGGAAGAGAGACUGCCGAGAAAACUACAUCUCUCCUUACAGAAAACCCCUGACACAACUCGCAAACAGACCCGUGUGCGUGGAUGGAAACGAGCAUGAAGCCUUCAUUCGCAAGAUCUUGUCAAAGCCAUUCAAGGUUCCCAUCCCAAAUUAUACUGGCUUGUUGGGUCUGCGGGCUCUGGGUCUGAGGCGGGCCGGUGUGAGGAAAGCCCUUCAUGACCCGUUUGAAGAUGGAGCUUUGAUUCUGUUUGAACCGCCUGCUGUCAGCGCUCAUGAGCUCAUCAAAGCAGACAAGGAUAAAUUACCAGUGCAUGUGGUUGUGGAUCCAGUACUCAGCAAAGUGCUUCGCCCCCAUCAAAGAGAAGGUGUAAAGUUCCUGUGGGACUGUGUGACGGGCAGACGGAUCGUUAAUUCGUAUGGCUGUAUUAUGGCAGAUGAGAUGGGACUGGGCAAGACCCUGCAGUGCAUUGCUCUCAUGUGGACUUUAUUGAGACAGAGUCCUGAUUUCAAACCUGAGAUCGACAAGGCCAUCGUGGUGUCUCCCUCCAGCCUCGUGCGCAACUGGUACAAUGAAGUGGGCAAGUGGCUUGGUGAACGCGUGCAGCCUGUCGCUAUCGACGGCGGCUCCAAGGAGGAAAUCGACCGUAAACUUGAACAUUUCAUCUCCCAGCAUGGUUUGAGGGUACCCACUCCAAUUCUGAUCAUAUCCUAUGAAACAUUCCGUCUACAUGCUGAAGUCCUGCACAAAGGCAAAGUUGGACUGGUUAUUUGUGAUGAGGGUCACAGGCUGAAAAACUCAGACAAUCAGACGUAUCAGGCGCUGAAUUCUAUGAAUGCCCAGAGACGAGUGCUGAUAUCUGGAACUCCCAUACAAAAUGAUUUACUGGAGUAUUUCAGUUUGGUGCACUUUGUAAAUUCUGGUAUACUUGGCACAGCUCAAGAGUUUAAGAAACGGUUUGAGAUUCCAAUACUGAAAGGUCGUGAUGCUGAUGCCAGCGAUAAAGACAGAGCAGCCGGAGAGGAGAAACUUCAAGAACUCAUCAGCAUUGUGAACAGGUGUUUGAUUCGACGAACGUCAGACAUUCUUUCUAAGUAUCUGCCUGUGAAGAUUGAACAGGUCGUCUGCUGCCGACUGACUCCUCUGCAGAAAGAGUUGUAUAAGUUAUUCCUGAAACAGGCCAAACCUGUUGAGAGUCUGCAGACCGGCAAGAUCAGCGUGUCUUCUCUGUCCUCCAUCACAUCACUAAAGAAACUCUGCAACCAUCCUGCCUUGAUUUAUGAGAAAUGUUUGGCAGGAGAGGAGGGUUUUGAUGGAGCAGUGGAUCUUUUUCCCCAAAAUUAUUCAACUAAAGCAGUGGAACCACAACUCUCUGGGAAAAUGCUGGUACUGGACUAUAUCCUAGCAAUGACCAGGAGUACAACAAGUGACAAAGUAGUUCUGGUCUCCAACUACACACAGACUUUAGAUCUUUUUGAGAAGCUGUGUCGCACCCGUAGAUACCUAUAUGCGAGACUCGAUGGAACAAUGUCCAUCAAGAAGAGAGCCAAGAUUGUGGAGCGAUUCAACAGUCCCUCUGUAAGUCUAUUUACUGUUCAUACAAGUUGUGUUCAGCCUGUGUUAUUAGGGAACACAAACACUUUAAUUCCUGCCUUACAGAAUCCAGAGUUCAUAUUCAUGCUCAGCAGUAAGGCUGGAGGCUGUGGCCUUAAUCUGAUUGGUGCAAAUCGUUUGGUCAUGUUUGAUCCUGACUGGAAUCCAGCCAAUGACGAGCAGGCGAUGGCCAGAGUGUGGAGAGAUGGACAGAAGAAAACCUGCUACAUCUACAGACUGCUGUCGACAGGGACCAUUGAGGAAAAGAUCUUGCAGAGACAGGCUCAUAAGAAAGCCUUGAGCAGCUGUGUUGUAGAUGAAGAACAGGACGUGGAAAGACAUUUCUCUCUUGGAGAACUACGAGAGCUUUUCUCACUAAACGAAGACACCAUGAGCGACACACACGACAGGUUCCGCUGCAGGCGCUGUGUGAACGGUCGACAGGUGCGUCUUCCUCCAGAAGACUACGACUGCACCAGUGAUCUGUCCAACUGGCAGCACUGUGCAGAUAAGAGAGGACUGAGAGACCCUGUGCUUCAGGCAUCCUGGGACGCGGCCGUCUCGUUUGUCUUUCACCAGCGAUCGCACGAGGACCAGAGAGGAGUUGUCUGAGCAUCAAAGUACUGAUCUGAUCAAUUAACACUGAAGACUCUGGAUCUGGGAACUUGAGCAUGAAAAGAAACUUCUCUGCUGUUCAUCAUUGGGUCACUUCAGAAGUUCUUGUGUAGACGGAGUUGGGAGUAUCUUUUGUGUUGUGUUUAUUUUAUUUAUUCAGUGAACUUUAUAUUACAAAUUUAACAAUAUAAUCAGCAUCAUUAAAAGAGAACUAUACGAAGGUGUGUAUGCUUGUAAAUUUUAAGUGAAAUCACAUUUGUAUGUGCUUAAAUGUUAAUUAUCUUGUAAAGGAAUAGUUCACCCAAAAAUGAAAUUUGUCAUUCAAAACGUGCAUAGUGACUUUUUUUCCUGCAGAAUUAAAAAGAAUGAUUUUGAAUAAUCUUCAUACAGCUCUUUUCCAUACAACAGUUUAUAGUGACCACAUCAGUCAAGCUCCUAAAAGGAACAAGGACAUCUUUGAACUUUAAUUACAUUAUCUUUUUCUUUUGUGAAAUACACAAGAUUCAUUUUUAAAAAGUCUGCCUAUGGUUUACCUGCACUAUCAUGAAAGUGAAUAGUGACUGGCCUGUCAAGCUCCAAAAGAAAAACAUAAAACCAAUCAUUGCGACUUGUGCACUAUAUUUCAAGUCUGCAGAAGCUAUUUAAUCACUUUGCGCAAAGAACAGAAUGAAAUUUAAGUCGUUAUUCACUCUCAAAUAUUAAGUGUUGAAUUCAAAUACGGCAGCUAUGCUUAUGGGUAAAACCUCAUUGGUUCUUGUGACAUAAAUGAAUAGUUCACCCAAAAUGAAAAUUCUCAUCAUUUACUCAGCCUCAUGCCAUCCCAGAUGUGUAUGACUUUCUUCUGCAAACACAAAUGAAGAUUUUUAGAAGAAUAUCUCAGCUCUGUUGGUCCAUACAAUGCAAGUAAAUGAUGACCAAAACUUUUAAGCCCCAAAAAUCACAAAGGCAGCAUAAAAGUAAUCCAUAAGACUCUGUCUAAUCAAUGUCUUCAUAAGCGAUCCAAUCGAUUUCAGAUGAGAACAGACCAAAAUAUAACUCCUUUUCCACUAUAAAUCUUGACAUCAGCAGGCUCAUUGGCGAUCAUGAUUUCAAGCUUGAUUACACUUCCUAGUGCCAUCUAGUGCUCUGUGCAUGCAUCAAGCACUAGGAAGUGUAAUAUAGCUUGAAAUUGUGAACAAACCUAGGGACUGCAAUAGCAAAAUGUACAGCGAAAAAGGAGUUAUAUUUUGUUCUGUACUCUUCCAAAACUGACUGGAUUCUGAAGACAUUGAUUAAACCACUGGAUGGA